AUGUCGAAAGAGCAGGAAGCCAUCUCGGUGACCGCUAUUCGAGACUCCAGUCCCGAGUCGAAGGAGCAUACCCCGGUGAACAAUCCAUAUGGAGCGAACCCAAAUCCUUCGAAAGAAAGGAGCUUUUUCGCUUGGUUCGACAAGAAUGACGGCCCUGCAGAGCGCAAGCUGAUACUGAAAUUGGACUUUUUUAUAUUGUCUUUUGCAUGCAUGGGCUUCUGGAUCAUGUAUAUCGAUAGAGGUAUCCUGGGUAAUGCCUAUGUCAGCGGGAUGAGAGAAGACUUGAAGUUUUUCGGCAACCAAUAUGUGCAGCUGACGUCCAUUUUCACCGUCGGCUAUGCAGUGUCCAUGAUCCCAUCAACCCUCCUUGUCACCAAGAUCCCCGCCCACAUAGUCCUUCCAGUGUCGACUUUCUCAUGGGGUCUUUUCACCAUGCUCUCUUUCUGGGCGACUCGCUUCAGCCAGUUGGCAGCUUACAGAUUCCUUGUCGGCCUUUGUGAAGGGCCUUUCUUUUGCACGAUUCACUACUGUCUUGGCAGCUGGUAUCGCCCUGACGAGCUCGUUCGACGAGCUGGCAUCUUCUACGUGUCUUCAGGGGUCGGAACAAUAUCCACAGGUUUGAUUGCCGCAAGGAUCUUCCAAAGUCUGAACGGCGCACUUGGACAUCCUGGUUGGAGAUGGAUGUUCCUAAUCGCUUCAAUCUGCACGUUUCCGAUUGCCCUCUUCGGCGCUAUAUUCUUUCCUGGAGCGCUCAGAGGCAAAAAGCGAUGGUUCCUCACGCAAGAAGAACACGAUAUUGCGAUUGAGAGAAUGCGUUUGGUUGGUCGCAAGCCUCCCCAAGGACUUCCAUUUGCCUUUUCUUCCGUGAAGCGCUUUGUUGGCAGGUGGCAUUUCUGGGUGCUGAUCCCAUGGAACAUCAUCUGGAUCCUCGGAAUGGGUUGGUGGUCGAAUCACAUCCUGUGGCUUCGUGCGCAACCACAAUACAGCACGGUUCAAGUGAACAACUACACGGCCAUCAGCCCUAGCUUGGGAGUUGUGUUCAUCUUCUCCUUCUCAUGGAUCGUUGACAAAUGGGGCGAGAAGGCGAAAAUCCCCCUUUUUGGGUUUGUCACAUUCAUGACAUUCAUGGGCUCCCUUGGCUUCGUCAUAUAUGAUCACUCCUCUUUUGCUUGGAAAUGGUUCGCCGUGUCCAUCGGGUACAUGUUGGUCUCCCUUUCACCCGUCAUCUAUUCUCAUGCAAAUCUCGUCUGCGCCGCAGAUGCGGAAGAAAGAGCAUUCAUAAUCAGUGCAAUGUUGGCCACUGGUACAGCCUUCAAUGCUUGGGUUCCCCUCCUCGCUUGGCCUACAGUACAGGCCCCACGAUUCUUCAAAGGAUACGUCCUCACCUGCGUACUGCAGCCAACAUAUUUUCUCUUCAGUGUAUUUGUCUUUCUUUACUCGCGACGAAGAACCGCACAGGAAGCAGCGAAGAAAGUACAGCAGUCCUAG